AAAUGUGAAAUGUCCAUGCGCAUGCGCUCACUCGGCUCUCAUUCUUUCUCUUUCACUUUCUUUUCCAAACGUUUCCCACUGUUAACCCCUUCCAUAAGCACUACUAGAACUAAACCUUUUCAUCUACAUAUUUCGCCUUUCUCUAUGUCUCACCGUCCAAACUUUCAAGGUGGCCGCCGUGGCGGGGGAGGCGGCCGUGGAGGACGUGGACGAGGCGGAGUAGGAGGAAGAGGUGGCGGAGGUCGUGGCGAGCAGCGGUGGUGGGAUCCAGUGUGGCGAGCUGAGCGAUUAAGACAGCAAGCUGCUGAGAUGGAAGUUCUUAAUGAGAAUGAAUGGUGGGAUAAGAUGGAGAAAAUGAAGAACUCAGGGGACCAAGAAAUGAUUGUAAAACGUAAUUACAGUCGCACCGAUCAACAAACUCUCUCUGACAUGGCUUAUCAACUAGGCCUUUAUUUUCAUGCAUAUAAUAAAGGCAAGGCCCUUGUGGUUAGCAAAGUUCCAUUGCCAAAUUAUCGGGCUGAUCUUGAUGAACGCCAUGGAUCCGCCCAGAAAGAGAUCCAAAUGUCUACUGAGACUGAGAAGAGAGUUAAAAAUCUUUUGAACUGCACGCAAAGAGAAGCACCCGUGAAUGAUUCUGGUGCCUCAUCUGGCCAGGGGGAUAACCGAUCAUCGACUGGUCCGAAAAUUACUAAACCAGUGUCUACGAUAGAGACAGAUUCUGCUAAGGAAAAACUUAGUCUGGAGUUAAAGCAGCGGCGGGAUAAAACAAUGGCAAGUGAUAGUUUGAAGGAAAUGCAAUCUUUUAGGGAAAAGCUCCCUGCAUUCAAAAUGAAAGGCGAAUUUCUGAAAGCUGUUGCAGAAAAUCAGGUUUUAGUAAUUUCUGGAGAGACAGGUUGUGGUAAAACAACACAGCUCCCUCAAUAUAUAUUGGAAGAGGAGAUAACGCGCCUUCGCGGGGCUGAUUGCAACAUAAUAUGCACGCAACCCCGUCGUAUAUCUGCCAUAUCUGUUGCAGCUCGAAUAUCUUCUGAGAGGGGUGAGAAUCUUGGUGAAACUGUUGGUUAUCAGAUUCGUCUGGAGGCAAAGCGCUCUGCUCAAACACAUCUCCUGUUUUGCACCACCGGUGUUUUACUGCGGCAGUUGGUUCAGGAUCCUGAUUUAACUGGUGUAAGCCAUUUGUUAGUGGAUGAAAUUCAUGAAAGAGGCAUGAAUGAGGACUUUCUAUUAAUUAUUUUGCGUGACCUUCUUCCUCGGCGUCCAGAUUUACGUCUUAUUCUAAUGAGUGCAACCAUUAAUGCUGAUUUAUUCUCAAAAUACUUUGGAAAUGCCCCAACCAUGCAUAUACCGGGGUUGACUUUCCCUGUGACAGAGUUUUUUCUAGAAGACAUAUUGGAGAAAUCUCUUUACAAAAUUCAAUCAGAGCCUGACAACUUUCGGGGGACUUCACGAAGGAGAAGGAGAAGGGAGCAGGAUUCUAAGAAAGAUCCUUUAACUGAAUUAUAUGAGGAUGUUGAUAUUGAUUCUGAAUAUAAGAACUAUAGUUCAUCUACUCGAGUUUCUCUUGAAGCUUGGUCGGGUUCCCAGCUUGACUUGGGUCUGGUUGAGGCAACAAUUGAAUAUAUUUGUCGCCAUGAAGGGGGUGGUGCAAUUCUUGUGUUUCUUACUGGCUGGGAUGAGAUUUCCAAGCUGCUUGACAGGGUUAAAGGAAACAAACUUCUGGGAGACCAAAGCAAGUUUCUGGUCCUUCCUCUACAUGGUUCAAUGCCUACCAUUAAUCAACGUGAAAUAUUUGACCGUCCUCCCCCUAAUAAGCGAAAAAUUGUUCUGGCGACAAAUAUUGCAGAGAGCAGUAUCACUAUAGAUGAUGUUGUGUAUGUUGUAGACUGCGGAAAGGCCAAGGAAACCAGUUAUGAUGCCCUAAACAAACUGGCUUGUCUAUUACCAUCAUGGAUUUCAAAGGCUUCAGCACAUCAGAGACGUGGUCGUGCUGGCCGUGUGCAACCUGGAGUCUGUUAUAGAUUGUAUCCAAAAAUUAUCCAUGACGCAAUGCUUCAGUAUCAGUUACCUGAAAUUCUCCGAACACCACUGCAAGAACUAUGCCUGCACAUCAAAAGUUUGCAGCUUGGAGCUGUGGGAUCAUUUUUGGCCAAGGCACUUCAGCCACCAGAUCCUCUGUCUGUUCAAAAUGCUAUUGAACUCCUUAAAACCAUUGGAGCUUUAGAUGAUAAUGAGGAGCUUACCCCCCUGGGUCGCCACCUCUGUACAUUACCCCUGGACCCAAACAUUGGAAAGAUGCUACUGAUGGGGUGUGUCUUCCAAUGCCUCAAUCCUGCUUUAACAAUAGCUUCUGCUCUUGCGCAUCGGGAUCCAUUUGUUCUUCCUAUAGAAAUGAAAAAUGAAGCUGAUGCUGCAAAACAAUCCUUUGCCGGUGAUUCUUGCAGUGACCACAUAGCACUUGUUAAAGCUUUUGAAGGAUAUAUGGAAGCAAAAUGCAAUCGAAAUGAAAGAGCAUUUUGUUGGGAGAAUUUUUUAUCCCCAAUAACAUUGAGGAUGAUGGAGGAUAUGAGAGAGCAGUUUCUUAACCUUCUAUCCGAUAUUGGUUUUGUGGACAAGUCCAAGGGUGCCAGCGCUUACAAUCAGUACAGCCAUGAUUUGGAGAUGGUAUCAGCAAUCCUUUGUGCUGGACUCUACCCAAAUGUUGUGCAGUGUAAAAGAAGAGGAAAGCGGACAGCAUUCUACACUAAAGAAGUUGGGAAAGUUGAUUUGCAUCCUGCAUCCGUAAAUGCAGGGAUUCAUCUCUUCCCUCUGCCAUACAUGGUUUACAGUGAAAAGGUGAAAACAACUGGCAUUUUUGUCCGAGACUCCACGAAUAUAUCAGAUUAUGCUCUGCUUCUGUUUGGUGGUAAUCUCAUUCCCAGCAAAAAUGGGCAAGGUAUUGAGAUGCUUGGGGGUUAUCUACAUUUUUCUGCAUCAAAGAGUGUAUUAGAACUAAUAAGGAAACUGCGGGCAGAACUGGACAAGCUUCUGAGUAGGAAGAUUGAGGAACCAAGCUUGGACAUCUCUUUCGAGGGCAAGGCAGUUGUUUCUGCCGUUGUCGAGUUAUUGCACAGUUACAACGUACGCUAUUAAGUUUUUGCGUUUCAGGACUGACCUCUUUUGGUAGCAGUCCUGUCAUUUGCUUAAAUUUUACUAUUUUCGAUAUUGAAUAGCCAUGCGAUAUUUGCACAACAAUUUAGAAAAAGAAAAAGAAUAGUUUUUUUCUUUAGGUUUCUAUUUUUUUUUAUGUUGACCAUCAUACGGAUUAAGCCGUGUGAAUUAUCAGUCGAUCGAAUAAAGUUUUCCCAACUGUGCUUUACAAAUA